GAACACAGUUACGGACAUGUCUGGUUGUGUCGCGACCGAGAGCGGGAGUGCCUGGUGGCGAUCAAGAAGUUCAAGGAUGCGAACAAGGACUCGCAGGCCUAUCAUUUGGCGAUGCGGGAAAUUAAACUGUUGCGGGCCACAUCUCACGAGCACGUGGUCUCCGUCAUUGAAGCCUUCCGGAGCCAAUCCAGUGGGAAUGUGUACUUGGUCAUGGAAUAUGCGGAGAGCUGCUUAAACCUGGAGCUGAAGAAGCAUCGCACUGGUCUGCCGACUGCGGAUGUGAUGCGCAUCACCUGGCAGCUGGCGUCGGCCCUGCAGUACCUACAUAGCAGGAAGAUUGUGCAUCGUGAUCUCAAGCCGGCCAACAUCCUGUUAACAGCCGCUGGCGAUCUGAAGCUGUGUGAUUUCGGAUUCGCGCGCGACUUGCCCCCUGCUGGGCAGCAGGCGGACAUGAGCAGCUACGUCACUACUCGUUGGUAUCGUGCUCCCGAGGUGGUCGUCGGCGCCGAGUAUGGAGCGGCGGUAGACAUCUGGGCAUUAGGUUGUCUGUUUGCCGAGCUGCUUAAUGGCCAGCCGCUCUUCCCGGGUUCCUCUAACAUGGACCAGCUGGCACUCAUUGUGAACUGCUUCGGCCAUCUGCCAAACCGCCUGUUGGCAAAGGCCCUGACCAACCCACAGCUAGUCGGCGUGCAGCUACGUACAAGCAAUCCACGCAACUGGGCGGUGGCGCUACAGCAGCGGUUUGCGCCAUAUGGCGAGAACGCCGUCACGUUGUUGCUAUCCUGCCUCAACCCGGACCCUCUGAAACGUGCCGCUGCGGAGGAGGUGCUCCGGGCUCCUUACUUUGAGCCAAUCCGGCAG